AUGGUCAUAGCUGAGGAGUCUGAGUCGAAAUUUGACAAAAUUCAUGAAGGAUCGUUUGUGGUAGAUGAAACUGUUGAACCUGAGUUUUCCUUGAUCAGUGAAGUAAUUGAGGCAGAUGUGACUUCGAGUGAGCCGUCAGUUUCAGGUCUGCUGCAAAAGACCCCGGAGUCAGAAUUCGUGGACUAUAAUCUCUCACACUUUUCUCUCGUCAUGAGUACUUUACCCCAUAAACCUCCUUCAAAAUUUAAUUUUUCUGAUUCUAUUUCUCGCAUUAUUCCUUUCUACCCUUCUAAUGAAAUUACGGAUUUUUCUAGCUUCUCUAAAUCCCCCUUGACUCAAUUUGAACCUAUAAAUUAUAAUUCUCCCUUAUUGUCUCAUAACGCACUUCGUGACCUUUCUCAACCUGCCCAUGAAUUUAAAACAACCUCUAACGUAUCGUCUGAAUCCGAGAUUGUUAAUAUUCCAUAUCCUACCACUGCUGUAGAAAGCGCUCUUUUUCCUAUUGUCACUACAGCACAUAACUACUUUAUGCUGAAUCCAGCGAGUAAUGCGCUGCCUUUCUCAACCCAAGUGUGUACGUCUUCGGUUUCAGAUAUUUCAGAUUCUGCUUCCUCAAUAUUUUACCAAACAGGAGGCCUUGAUGUUGGCCUCUCAUUUCAAAAUAAUGAACAUGAGGAAGCUAAAGAAAAGUGGAAUAAGACGAAUUGUGAACUUGAGAUGCUUCAAUCUAUUCCUUCUGAAUGUAAAUUUUCUUCAGAGAUCUUGAUGGACAAAUUUGUCACUAAUGCUUCUUCUUGUUCUUUCGAGCCUUCAUUCCCCAUCACAACUAUUACUGAAUAUUCUUUUCCCUCUUCUAAACCUCUUGUUCCUUUUGAUUCAUGUCACGUAUGCACUUCUUCCUCUUUUCCUCAUCCUGCCAGCUCACCUAUUCUCACUACUUCCUGUUCCUAUUUUUCUCCUUCCAUUUCUGCUUCUCAAUAUAGACCUCCAUUAUCCCCUUCAAAUUCUGAUGUCCCAUCCUCCACCGAUUGUUCCUCCUCCUCCUCAGUUCUUUUGGCAAACUCUCACGCUAUCCUUCCUCAUUCUUCUUGUCAAUCUAUUUCUUCUCUCUCUUUUCAUUCCUCUUCAUCUAGCCCACCUUUUGAAAAUAGUCUAAAUCGACCUUCCUCUUCCAGUCUUUCCCCUCUCCAUUCAUCUAUUCUUUCUUCUUAUCGUACUCCCUUACUAGUAACUGUUUCAGAAUUUUCUCCCCCUUUUUUUGAAUCUGCUUCUCAUUUUCCUUCCUUUUUUCACACGUGCGUUCAAUCUGUGGAAUUUUCUGAUUAUUUAUUCCAAAUAUCUCUCAUCCCUAUCUCUUUUUCUCUUAUUUUUGAUUCCUUCACGUCCCGCCUUCUAUUCCUACCUUUCACCACUUCUCCCUUUUCGAGCUUUUCUCAAAUUUCUACCAAUUUCGCAGAAUCCGGCAGUUGUAAAACUGUCGUUCACUCCGAUAAUCCUGAUGAAGAAUCGUCUUCUGCAGUUAGGCAUAAUUUACAAUCAUAUUUUUCGACUUCGAAUGGUACUACAUUGAUUUUCUAUGGUGAAACUGAAUUAGAAGGAUCUCAUAAAACUCAUGAAUUAAAUUCCAAGCAGUCUGAAUUUAAGACACACAGUAUUACUAAUAAAUUGUCGGCUGCUGCUGAAAACACACAAGAAUAUAAAACUAGGCAACUCGACGAGAUGAUGCGCAAUACAAAUAAAAAUCUCGAUCAUGAGCGCUCAGAACUUUUAAAUCUUCAAAAAGAAGUUCGCUAUCUAGUCGGUCAGCUUUUAAAUGAUGCUGCUGAUGCUCCAAUGCAAACCAUGAAGAAGGAUAGGGAUACUCCCAUUGGUGACAAAUUCUCGAAUGGAAGCGACGAACUUUCUACAAAGAAAGGCCUGAAUUCGGAUCCAAGUACUGAAUGGCAGAUAGACUGCGCCUCACAGUGGAAGCCUUAUGAUAUUUCUGCCGAUAGUACUAUUAGUGAAAAUGAACAUAGUGAUGAAAGUACCUUUUACAAUGCACACAAUGGUGAAAAUGAGGAUGAUUCUGAUAAUGCAAAUCCCAGUAUAGAC